ACCUUUUGACAAUUUGCAAACUCAAAAAUUGUGGAACUUUUUUCUGUUUUUCCAUGUUUAUUUCGUGUCAAAAACGUUAUUUUUACGAAAAAAUAUAAUUUGUUCAAGUUUACAGUUUCCUCAUUAAGUUAUAUAAAAUUAUCGCAUUUUCAAACGAGGUUAGUGUCCACCACACCAGCCAUGUCCAAGUCAGCACUGGUAAUCCUGGCUCAAGGUGCUGAGGAGAUGGAAACUGUCAUCACAGUUGACAUGCUCAGGAGGGGUGGAGUGACAGUGACAGUGGCAGGCCUAGACGGCAGUGACCCGGUGCUGUGCUCCCGACAGAUCACCCUGGUGCCAGACAAGUCCCUGGCUGAUGCUCUCACUGAGAAGCAACAGUAUGAUGCUGUAAUACUGCCCGGUGGUCUGGAAGGUUCCGACAGACUCUCCAAAUCCAGCGUAGUGGGCACUCUGCUGAAAGAGCAUGAGAACACUGGCAAGAUAGUUGCUGCAAUUUGUGCUGCUCCCACGGCGUUUGUGGCGCACGGCGUUGCUAAGGGCAAGCGCGUGACGUCAUACCCCACCACCAAGGACAAGAUCACCUCAGACUACAGCUAUGUGGAGGGGGAGAGAGUUGUUGUGGAUGACAACAUUGUUACAAGCAGAGGUCCUGGAACAGCCUAUUGGUUUGGUCUGAAACUCAUUGAGAUGUUAACCGGCAAGGAGAAGGCCGACCAAGUAGAGAAGGGGAUGAUUAUAACUGGCUACUAACCAUGUAUAACAUGAUCUGAAAUUUACUCAAAGUAUAUUGUAUAGUUGAAAAGUGAUAAUUGGCUUGUAAUUUAAGAUUAAUAUGUGAAAUUUGAUUUCAUCACAAUAAAAUGUUUAAGUUUA